AUGAAGAACUGGUUAUCUUACUGUGUCUGGGGGUUGUGUCUUUUUGUAACCGUGGAAAGUAAGCGACUUGAAUCGUUUAGGCCAAUCGUGGAUGCGGAAACAGGGGAGAAAAUCAGGAUGGGGAUACAGCUGCACGAGGCGAAAAGGCUUCCAUUUAAUCUGGAUGAUGAUGUAUUAAGGGGGAUACUCGAGAGGGCAAGUCAGAAUGCAGGUAUAAGGGGGGUUGGUGGUAAGGAUACUCGUUUAGAAAAGAGAGGUGUUCAAGUUUCCUCAGAUUCUAUGAGGGUGGAUGGAGAUUUGAUGUUGGAUAGCAAGUUGCAAGUUCUUCCAUCUAUUUCUAUUUUCUCUAGUAGUGUACGGGAUUUAGAUGGGUUAUCGAAGCAGAUCAAUGAUGGUGAGCAGAGACUUAUUAUCUUUGCGCCAACGGAUGAGUCGAUCAGGUCUCUAAAUAUUAGGCCAGUCAACUUUGGGCAAGAUGUUGAGCAGCUUGAGCAGAGUGGUGCUUCGGAGGAAGAGAUUUAUGGGGCGGUGAAGGAGAAUGUUGCUAGGUUUGUGUUGUCUCAUGUUGUUUCUGGAAAUAGAUAUGAGCAGGCGGAAGAAGGUAAUGAAGUUUUGUUAAGAAGUGAAUACUUCCCUGCAACUGCUCCAGGGGGGGAUAUAUUUUUGAAGAAGGAGGGGUCUGACUAUUAUGUUGCUUCUGCGAGAGACCGUAAUUAUGUGAAGGUCAAGAAUAUUGAUACAGCUGCCAACGGUAUUAUUAUGGUCAUUGAUACUUGUUUGGGUACCCAGUGA